GAGAAAACAGUUUUUUCAAACCCAGCACGGAUGUUUUCUCUCGACAAAGCCUCUGCGCCUUCUCGCCAAGCAGCCGCAGAUCUUUUUCUGUGAACAAAUCUGACAGAGCAUUUAAGUUAAUUGCAGCAUCUUCACGAUUCAGUUGAGAUUUUGGCGGAGCAGGUCGAUGGCCGUAAACUUUCUUGAAAUUUUCUGCAUCAACAUAGGCUUUUAAAUUGUUAGUGGCGUUAUCGCGAUCACCAGGUUGUUGGUCAAAAAGGUAUCAGUUCCUUUUACGGAGCCUUGGUACUCAGGCCUCAGUAUAUACGGGCUUGAAAGCCCCAGCAAUGCCCGUUGAACAUCACGUCGCUGUUUGGUGAUGAGGCCCCUACAAUCCUCGAUAAAACUGGCCAUGUCUGUGGCUUGGAAGUCUUGCCAUCGUUUGAGAAAAGCAUUUGCUGACUCUGAAAUGUUGUUGGCUUGUACUUCGUCCUCAAAACCCGCAUUUUUUGAUGCUUUCGCUGUAACGUGGUUCCAAAUCUCCUCUGCCUUGUAGCGUCUGAAAUAUUUGGAAAACGCGAGUUCCUCCGUUGAGUCCUUGAAUUCCUUGCGGUCCCAUUUUUCGGUCAACGAGUUUAACUUUUGGUUGUACUCCUCGUAGGAGUCGGCGUAUACUAGACCCCCACUGCCAAAAAUGUCAUGAACUAUCUCAUUCGUCAGCGACUGGGAAAACCGAAGUUUCCGACAUUUUUCCUCAAUGUUUUUCUGUGCGUGUACUUUGCAAAGCAAUGAUGCGGAGUUGGGAAACACCUGGGCUAGUGCUUGACGCAGCGCUUCCUCUGAAUCAGUGCAAUACCCUUAAGGUUUACUUGCAAACCUGGUACUUGGGCGGAGAUUUUUUGAAACAAAGUCAGGUAGGUAGCCUUGUCUUUCAACAUACACAGCAUUACCGGACCAAGCAUUACUGGACACGUUGGUGGAUUACUGCGUUUCGUGAAAAGUGUCGUGUUUCGGUAGGUUGUCACCAAAACAAAGAAAGGUCCCAGUUGAAACGUCACGUCUACGUACAGCAAAGAGGUGUGCCCGUGGACCUCAUUACAGCAGAAGUUUACAAUGUCUUCAACCUGUUCAUCCAUAAACAGGAUAACUUUAGGCGACUCAUCGUCCAGGCUGUAUCCUCUGGUAAAUUUCUUAUCUUCGGUUUUCAUCUUUUCCGUGAUCUCGAAAAUUGGAUCGGCAAUACGCCCUUUACUGUUUUUUUCUUUGGCGUCCACUCAUUUAGGACAUAAUGACACCUUUGUCUUUUAUUCCGAAAUAUCUUUUUUUUUACUUAAUAUCUCCACACGCUUUUCAAGACUUUCUUUGAACAUUUUUUUCUCUGAAUAUCAGAAAAUUAACUUCCACUGAGUGAAAAUCAUUUUGAUUUUUGUCACUCUAAAAACUUUAAAAAACCUUAAAAAAUACAAGAUAGGUGAUCGUAUCUGACUUGCGUCAGCGACUCGCGUCAGCCGUCUCGCGCCAGCGCCAAUUUCUCAAGUUUCAUUAAGGCCUGGUCAAACGGUGCAUGAUUGUUGAUGAUUGUUUUGCGUUGGAAACUAUCAUCAACAAUCAUGCACAAUCAUGCGGGUGGUCAAACGACUUAAACCAAAACUUCCUAAAUUAACAUUAACAACAUAAGCUGAGCGCGUACGUGUGUAGCAUUGCCCGUGUCAACAAAUAUGCCCAGCAAGUAUAUCACUUUGGUUGCAUGUCAGCUACCGUCGGUACGAUCGGCAGUUGUAAUUCAGGUUGUCAAUUUCCAAGGCUAGAUGCUGGUAAAAAAGCUGUCACUUAACAAAACAGACUUAUCUUUAUCGUACGAAGGUAAGCUAUAAAUACUUACAUCGUAUUGAUUAGCCUUGAGGUGAUCAAAGACUACACUCUUCAGCAUUUCCAAAGGAAUCUUUAAGGCCGUCGCAGCUGAAGAAUAAAAGCAAUUCCCGUCCCCAGGCGGGUUAAAUACGACAUCAUAUCCGAGUUUCUCAAAUUUACUCCCCAUAUCUAAAGAGCAGUGGUCUAUAUUACGAGUAAACUGAGCUAUAUAUAUGAACGUACUCCCGAGUUCGUAUUUGUGUUCCACGUGCAAUCGAUGUGUAAUGUGAUGUGAGAAGUCGAGAACAAACGCGCUAGCUUUGCCUUAAUAUUUGUAAUAAUUAUUGUAUUAACUAGCUAGAAAUAGUUGACACUACAGCUAUCAAAAGGGGGUGGUAGGCCUACACGACUUUUACCUCAUGUCAAAAUGCUGCUUAUUCCAAUAAAGUUGUUUUUCUCUGCUGGGUAGAUUAUGCUCUGGAAGGUUCUGCAUUUUACUGAGCAAAUGUGGUUUUAGCCGCAUGUUUCACACUGAGAGGUCAUGACAUAUAUAUCGAUUGACUGUAGUUAUUGUUUUCUGGUCGGCAGGAUUUGCCCUCUGAUGCAAGCGCAUUUUCUCUUUUGAAGCGUAAAGCUUUUUUUUUUAUUUCGGCUGAAUAAGGUUUUCAAUUUUCUCCAAAGUUCCUUAUGGAUCUGAUCUAAGCGAUUUUCUUUAGUCCGUGAGCGUAAUGUUUUUCUGCAAUGCUGUAUCACGCUGGGCCCAGCUCGUCAGUUUUCUUUGCAGAAUUUUAAAUUAUCACGGAUAGUGACUUACAGAUCCAAAAUUAUAAGAGUGAACUGCAGCUUAAACUGAAGCUACAUAAACUUACUAUGGAGAAUUGAAUUGUGACUCAGUAAACUCCAGCUUAGUGUUUUUCUAAGGAUAGUGUGAGUCUUUUGACUGGAGCGCGUAGUUCCUCCCUUGGUAAUAGCUUUGAAUAAGCUUAACAGUCUUUAAACUGUUUUGUUAUUGCCACAGUUUGUGAUCAGGCAAGACCAUGGUUUCGGUUCUCCUCACGAACCUCAUCAGUUGCCGGGUUGGCUUUGUGCUUAGUUGCUUUUGCAGGAGCAACUUUAGUUGUACUUUGUUGGAAUAAGCAGCAUUUUGACAUGAGGUAAAAGUCGUGUAGGCCUACCACCCCCUUUUAUUGUCACGCAACGCACAACAAUUUGCAUAUAGAUUCUAAAGCCUCGUUUUCGUGCCUCGAGGUCGUGACGGGUAAAAAACGUCGUUGGAACAGCGCGUGCGUAGAAAAAGGAGUCAACUGUUUUUUCUUCUCUUAUUAUUUUUUUUAUUUGUUAUAAUUUUAUAAUUUUAAAUUUAUAAUUUUAAAUUUAUUUUUAAAUUAGGGGUGGCCCAUAGGGUAGCCCAUAGGGUAGCCCAUAGGGUAGCCCAUGGGCUAGCCCAUGGGCUAGGCCCAGGUUUUGUCUACACCCAGCCAAACGCACUCUGUUCAACCAAUUAUGCCAAACUGUCACUUUAGCAAUUGUACUAUUAAUUUCAACACUUACAAAUAA